CCACAAUCCGCCAAGCACCGACUGAGCCAUGUCCACAGCCCUUCGUCGAUGCGCUGUGCACUUGCGUCGUACAAAGACACCUGCUCGACGAUUCAACUCGGGAACCCCCCAAGGACCCGCCGAAGCCGCCCCUGGGCACCACGGUCCGACACCGCCACCCCCCCACGGUGAACUCAAGUGGGCGAAUCGACUCAACGACAUGGAACGAAAGUUCAAGAGCUUUUCGUCUGGGGAAUUCCAUGGACAACACCGGUACAAAGGUCCGUUGUGGGGAUUCCUCGGCGGCGCCUUCGUUGGCUACGUUGCACGUCCGGGGAAAGAGUCGACACUCGAUGUCGAAGAGCUUCGGCGCCUUCGACACGUCGCGCGGGAUCUGCAGGACGAAUCGCGUGAGCUCAAGAGUCGUUUGGCGUUGAUGCAACAAACGAUCGACCAAAUUCGAAUCGUGCAGCACCAACACGCGAUCCCGCCUCGCCCGUGCGCUUAAGUAGCGCAGUGUGCGCUGUGAGGGCUUAAGAAUAAUACCGAUGGAUAUUGCUUGA